AUUUAACUAUGAAAUAUAUACAGAACCUAUACAGUAGGCCCAUAAUGUGUAGUGUACCUGCUGAUAUAAUCCAACUGUCUGAUGAGGAACUCCGUAAUAAACUACAAGAGGCAGGUAUACCACUUGCACCAUUAACCCCUUCCACAAGGAAAAUAUAUCAUAAACAACUCGCAAACAAACGAAGAUCUUUAUUCCAAGACACCGGGUGUGCUACUAAGGACACUCCCAACCUAGUUAAUGAUGAAAUUACUUGUGUAGCAGAUAAUGGUAACAUUGAAGCAGAUCCAUCGUCGCCAGUGUUUGUUGUUUUCCAAUCUAAUGAAGAAUCACGUGACAGGAAAAUGGAAAUAUUCUGUGACCAAAUAAGUGCUUUAAAAUUUUUAUCGAAAAAUAAAAAUGGCCGGCUUAUGAAGUUUGAAAACAAACAAAAAGCUCAAGAAUAUGAAAAAUUAAAUGGGCACUUACUAACCACCCAACCCCACAAUGAUGAAAUAUCUUAUGAAAAACCAAACAGUUUCAAAUCCCUCAAACAAGUGGAACUCAACAAACUAUUGAAAGCAAUCGAGUCGAACGAUUUAAAUAAGUUUGAUGAACUCGUUCUAAACAACCCGAGGUAUUUGAUCAACUCUGGUGAUGGGCCAGUAUUGCUCAAGCCAAACACAAGAUACAAUCCACUUCACAUUGCUGCGAGAUCCAAUCAACCAGAAAUGGUGAAACAAAUUAUUUCCACACUUUCCGACCCUGACUUCCAAAAAAAGAUGUACACCAACAUAUCCUCACCUCAUGAAAAUACAUCAAGGCUUCAUCAUAUAUUGGAUUUGUAUUUUAACACUCCCGAGAAAGGAUUCUAUGAGACUCCACUACAUAUGGCUUGCAAGUUUGGGUUUGUCGAUAAGUAUGUUUGA